AGUUAAGAUCUGAGCCGCGCAUCUAUCGCAAAACAGUCGAAAUUGUCUGCUCGUUGCUUGCACAUCGCGUUCGCUUUCCGCAACUGAACGGAACGUAGUGCCUAAGGACUGCGCCUGAAGGAUAACCACCUUAAUAACUACGUUCACACACACACACAGUCGUUUAACAUGGCUAAAAUAAUAAUCAGUGCUUUGUUGUGCCUGGCCAUGUUUGGCUCAUUGGCCCAAGCAGCUGGUGGCUGCCGGGAAGCCAACGGCACUGCUCCCGUCUCCGGCUCCUGCGAUGCCUACAUCGAGUGUAAGAAUGGCGUCGCCGAGGAGAAACUCUGCCCGGAUGGCCUACUUUAUAACGAGAAGUCCACCGGUUACCCAUGCGGUUAUCCCAUCGAUGUGGAGUGUACACAGGCACAGUCACGCCUGCAGUCUGCCCAGCCCACCGAAGAUUGUCCGCAUCAGUUUGGCUACUAUCGCAUGGGCGAUGCUAGCCACUGUGGCCAGUUCAUGAAUUGUGCGAGUGGACGCGGUUACGUCUUUGACUGUCCGGAGGGAUUGGCAUGGAAUGCGGCCACAUACAAGUGCGACUGGCCCGAUCAAGUGGAGGAUUGCGAUGCUGAGGCCUUCCUUGGCUUCAGUUGCCCAGCCCCAGGACAGAAAUCGGAUCUGUUGGGAGAGCAGGAAGCGGAUUAUACGUUCCAUCCGUCGUCGGAUAAUUGCCAGGUGUACUUCAUCUGCAUUGAGAAUCGCCCGCGUCGCAUUUCCUGUGGCGAGGAUCAGGCCUUCAAUCAGGAGACUAUGCAAUGCGACGACAUUGACAAUGUGCCCAACUGCAGCAACGACAUUCGCGCCAAGGGCGCCGAGAUCAAAGCGGCACGCGCCAGUGCCGCCGCGGGACGCAAGGCUGCCGGAAAACUGCACUUCCGUGCUUCACCCGAGUGCCCCAUACCCAACGGACGCUUUGCCAGUGGAGAGCAAUGUGAUGCGUACACCGAAUGCCAGGACGAUGUGCCCAUUGCCAAACUCUGCCCGGAUGGGCUGCUCUUCCAUCAGCGAACCAAGGCCACCGGUGAAUGCACUUAUGCGCCAUACUCCAGCUGCAAGGAGCGUGCACGCCUCCAGCCGGCCAACGGCACCGAAGAGUGUCCUCGCCAGUUCGGCUUCUAUCUGAAUGGUGAUGACACCAAGUGCGGCGUCUAUCGCAAUUGCGCCCAUGGUGUCGCCAGUUUGACCAAAUGCCCCGAGGGACUGGCCUUUAACGAGGAGACCUAUCAGUGCGACUGGCCCGAUUUGGUGGGCAGCUGCAAUGCGGAGGCUUUCUUGAAUUUCAACUGCCCUGCACCGGAAGCCGCUGAUGGUGAGGCACCGUCAGUUGAUGUUGGUCCUGAGGGCGAUUUACGCUAUUAUCGCCAUCCACAAACCUGCAAGAAGUACUUCGUGUGCGUCAACGGACAUCCGCGCCUCUACAACUGCGGCAAGUACCUGGCAUUCAAUGACGAGACGAAGCUCUGCGACUUCUACAACAAAGUGCCCGAGUGCUAUGCCCUGCUCAAGGAGAAGCAGAAGCUGAAGGCUGAGCGCAAGUUGCCUACCCUGGGAGAGGCCCUGGCAUAGGACUCUCCAGUUAAGUUGAGCAUUUUCAUAGAGGCUGCGUCUUGUCGAGAUUUCCCUUUUUAACAAUAAGAGUUGUGCAAUUCAUUUUGUAAAUAUUUGAAUACAUACUUAUUAUAUCCCAUACUAUUUGCGUAUUGUUUUUUAAAUAAAUG